AAAUUUUCUAUUCACACCAUCCCUCCCUCUCACCCUUUCCUCCUAUAAAUCCAAAAUCACCUUCCCUCACUUUCUCCCUAUACGUUGAAUCAGUUUCUCGCCAGUCAAACAAAACAACCACUCCUUUCAUCUCUCACUCUCACUCUAUUGGUCGUCUGUCUGUCUUUGUAUGCAAAUAGAGACACAAAGAACGUGAAGGAGAAAGUCAUGGCGGUCAGUUCCAGAGGAAGCACCGCGGCAGCAGAGCUACGGAUUUCUAGGAGGUGGAAAGAGCGAGAGACUAGUCCAGAGAGGAACAGAGUUUGGAUCGAACCUAAAAGCAGGACCAGCACUGAGAGGAAAGUUCCUGUCGUUUAUUCUCUCUGCAGGAAUGGCCAGCUUGAGCAACCUCACUUAAUGGAGGUCCCCCUCGCUUCAAACGAAGGACUCCAUCUCAGAGAUGUGAUAAACCGCUUAAAUCAACUUCGAGGAAAUGGAAUGGCUAGCCUCUAUUCUUGGUCAUCCAAACGGAGCUACAAGAACGGAUUCGUAUGGAACGAUUUAGCAGAGAACGAUUUCAUUUAUCCAACUCAAGGAAACGAGUACGUUCUCAAAGGAUCGGAGAUUAUAGAGUUCGACGCUGCUUCCAUUAACUCUAAGCCCCUUCAGACGACGUCGUUUCGAGCCCUUAAACCGCCUGAUAUAGAGAAAUCGGGUGAAGAAUCAGAUUUCCCGGUUAUCACGAGGAGAAGGAACCAGUCUUGGAGUUCCAUCGAUCUUAACGAGUAUAAGGUUUACAAGACCGAGGCAACCUCCGAGUCGACUCGAAAUCUCGCCGCUGAUGCGUCUACGCAGACGGAUGAUAGGAGAAGACGGAGAAAACCGGUCAAAGAAGAAGAAAUACAGGAAUCUCAAGAAGAGAAAGAUCAGGAAUCGAACCAGAGUACGGAACUUAGUAGGGAAGAGAUAUCACCUCCACCGUCUGAUUCUAGCCCGGAGACUUUAGAGUCCCUGAUGAAAGCUUGUGGACGGCCGACGCUGAGUUCUGGAGAAGAAGCUGCAGUAAAUCGGACAUCUGAGAGUUGCCCGAGCGGGAGAAUGAAGGCAUCCAUGGUCCUGAUGCAGUUGAUUUCUUGCGGUUCGAUGUCGUUUAAGGACUGUGGACCUACAUUGGCGAAGGAUCAAGGGUUCUCAUUGGUUGGGCACUACAAGGCGAGGUUGCCUCGCGGCGGAGGGAAUCAGGUUGGGACUUCGACAGAAAUUUCUAAUUUUACGGGGGUAAAAUUGGAAGACAAGGAGUAUUUUAGUGGGAGCCUGAUUGACAGCAAGAAAGAGGAUAUUCCAGUUCUGAAGAGAUCCAAUUCCUACAAUGCAGAUCGGACCUCGCAAUUGCUCAAGGCAGAGAAUGAGAUGGAUGGAGUACGAGUCAAAUGCAUACCAGGGAAGCCUAAAACACAGCCAUCCAAGAGUGAAAGCAACACUGAUAUUCAUGGUGGGGAUAGUGGCAGUACUAGUCAACGAUGGAGCAAAAGACUCGAGGUCCAACAAGUUGGGUGAAAUGAAAGUGAGCUUCGUUAAUUGGAAAUACCUGAAAAAGACAAAGAAAACAAACUGAAAUAUGAAUGAAUCAAGGUACAAAGGCUAAAUACAUGGUGAAGAAUACUGGAGCUCGCAUUAUGAGGAGGAAAAAGCUACGAGAAAGUAUGGGACUUGGGAGUGUUCCCAUAAAGUUAUUUUUGUUGAAGCAUGUAAAACUGUCGACAUUUUCGUACCCUUUAAUGCUUUUGGGAGUUAAAUAUGCCUUAAUUCCGGUGACUUAGGUGCUAAACUCCCAAUUGUUUAAUGCUUUUUGACUAGUUGAUUUUCGACUUCGAAACAUGGGAUGUGUAGAACGUUGCCCUAGGCACCGUCCACAUUAGAAAACAUAGAUAUUAA